CUCAGGUGGGAAAUAAGGUGCAAAGAUGCAACCAGGCAGACAUUUUCUCCUAAGGAAUUUGCAAGCAGCACAAGGGGAAUUGUAGCAGCUGGAUGAAGCCAUGUUUUCUCUCUAAGCUGCACCAAAUUAACAUCAAGUGGGAGAUCAAUGGCGGGUGCCACCUCCGCGCUGUUUCUUCUUGAUAUGAAAGGAAGAUGCCUUAUAAGUCGCGAUUAUAGAGGCGAUGUUACUGCUCAACUAGUCGAGAAAUUCUUUACUAAGCUCCUCGAGAAAGAGGAGGACUUAGAAUCUCAUGGACCAGUAUGCCACGAAAAUGGCGUGAACUACAUGUUUAUACAGCACAAGAACAUUUACCUAUUGGCAGCAUCGAGGCAGAAUUCUAAUGCUGCAAGUCUCCUUUUCUUUCUACAUCGUGUAGUUGAUGUUUUUAAGCAUUAUUUUGAAGAACUGGAAGAGGAGUCUCUACGAGAUAACUUUGUUGUUGUGUAUGAAUUGCUUGAUGAAAUGAUGGAUUUUGGUUACCCUCAAUAUACGGAAGCUAAGAUUCUUAGUGAGUUUAUCAAGACGGAUGCAUACAGAUUGGAAGUCAACCAGCACCCUCCAAUGGCUGUGACUAAUGCAGUUUCCUGGCGUAGUGAGGGUGUAUUUUAUAAGAACAAUGAAGUUUAUUUGGAUGUGGUUGAACAUGUUAAUCUCCUAGUCAACAGCAAUGGCCAACUAAUACGUUCUGAAGUUAAUGGAGCGUUAAAGAUGAGAGCUUAUCUGAGUGGCAUGCCUGAGUGCAAGCUUGGGCUUAACGACAGAGUACUAUUGGAGGCUCAAGGUCGACCUACCAAAGGCAAAGCCAUUGAUUUGGAUGAUAUCAAAUUUCACCAGUAUGCAUUUCUCCUAAAUAUGUCAGUUGUUAGUCUGCUAAUUAAGGAGUGCUUCCUCAAUCUGCUGUGUGUGCGUCUAGCUCGGUUUGAAAAUGAUCGCACGAUAUCUUUUAUACCUCCUGAUGGACCAUUUGAUCUGAUGACAUAUAGACUCACCACUCAGGUGAAGCCACUGAUUUGGGUGGAAGCUCAAGUUGAAAGGCAUUCAAGAAGUCGGGUUGAGAUGUCUGUCAAGGCCAGAAGCCAGUUUAAGGAGCGUAGCACUGCAACGAAUGUUGAAAUCGAGGUGCCUGUGCCAUCUGAUGCAAUGAGUCCCCAUAUAAGAACAUCGAUGGGAUAUGCUACAUAUGCUCCAGAGAGAGAUGCAGUGGUAUGGAAAAUCAAGUCAUUCCCGGGUAAUAAGGAUUAUAUGCUGAGGGCCGAGUUUAAACUUCCUAGUGUAAUAUCUGAAGAUACACCCCCUGAUAGAAAAGCUCCAAUCCGUAUAAAGUUUGAGAUACCGUAUUUUACGGUCUCGGGAAUUCAGGUUCGUUAUCUCAAAAUCAUUGAAAAAAGCGGAUAUCAAGCUCUUCCAUGGGUGAGGUACAUAACAAUGGCUGGUGAAUAUGAACUGAGGCUUAUAUGAGCAAGAUUAUCUUUGUGGCGCUGCAGUCUGCACCGUGCACUGCUGAAAAUCUAAGAUAUUUUGGUAUCAGCAAUAACAUCAAGGAUUUUAGCAGCUCGGAGCUGUGAAUCUUUAGAGACACCAAUACUGCUGAUCUCUAUAAAUUUAGUCAUCUUCUUGGCAACUUCUUUAUCUUUCACUAGUGCCCAUCUACAGUUUUGAUGAGGAUAUUGCCAUCAAAAUAUGCAACCAUGUUGUUAACCAAUUACCAGUAUGGUCAUAGUUAAUUAAUGCAACAGAACACGAGAAUUUCUUUAUUUGUGGGGCACCGAUACCCCAAAGAGGAUGAGUAAAAACAAGAUGUCCAUCAACUCAUUCAAACUACAUGAAAUUUGUCUUUUUA